CUCACAUUCCCACAUCACACCAGUACUUCUUCACCGUAAAGCACAUCUCCUCUCCUUCUCAGAGUCUUCUGUUCUGUCAGAUUGACUACUAGAGGAAGAGUCACCUGGUUGAAUGGCGCUGGCCAGGUAUGAAGAAUAGGGAGGUGUUGGAGGUGUCCCACGGGCAUGUUUGUCCUCUGGCCGUUCAGCCUGUGUGUCUCUGCUCUGCACACAGACAUUCUGGGAGGCAGAAGAAAGACCGUCUAAAAAUACACUGACACGCACCACCAGCAGAAAAACAAACUGACGGAUAGAAGAAGAAGAGGACAAAGAAGAUCUCCCCUUUUGUUUUUGUCUCUUUCACCCCGUCUGUCCCUCCCUCUCUCUCUGCUCCAUUUCUGUGUGUCUGUCCUCAUUACGGCCUGAGAGGAGGUCAUGUCCCAGUCUGGAAAAGUCCUUCAUUUGUAUGUAGAAGUGAGGUCUGCCCCAGAUCAGAGUGGAGGGAAGGAAGGGAUAGCUCAGGGGCAUUCGGUUCAGGACAGCCCAGCGGAGCUCCUGUCUCAGCUAGCGAGCCAGACGGCAGUCACCAAGACCUCCACGGCUCACCGUCUGGUUCAGGACUGCACACAGUCUCCUUCUAGAAACAGCUUUCAGCCCCAGCAAGCCAGCAGCUCCCCUAAAGUCGCAAAGCAUCGGAGUGCACCGUGUGAUGGAGUGUCGGCCAUCCACUCGCCACCAAUGAUGCCCUCUUCUGGAAAGGUCACGCACACGCCUCCCAACUGCAGGAGGUUUAAGGAGGAGGAGGUCAGCGAUGGUACGCGGUCUGUCGUCACCUUCAGCUACAUCGAGAAGUCAAAUGUGAAGACCGUGGACAGUCCGCGCAACUCUGUGUGCGAGAGACGGACCAGAGAGGAGAGAUCCACCCCCUCUCACUUUCGUAAAAGACUCAGCGACCCAGUUUGGUUUGGGAGUCCCGAUUCAUCGUGCAGCUCCAGUCCCAAGCUGACUUUCCGAUCUCCAGGAAGUCACCAGCAGACGUUCUCUCCCGGCCUUCGCCAACCAGCCUUGGACCCCAUCGGCAGGGCAGCUACCCAGAGGGCUGUGGAGGAGUUUGGCUCCCCUCUGCUGAGGAUCAAACUAGCCCAUGCGCUCGAGCAAGCCUCAUCCUCACGCUACAGCCGACAGCCGCGCUGUCAGUCCUGGGCUGGGUCUCCGGUUCAGCGUCCGAACAAAAACCUCAAAGACCAUGUCGCAGAUAGGAGCCAGGCUGUUUGUGGGCUGCCUCGGAGCCCCGCGUCAGACCAGCUGUCCUCCCAGUCCAGGCAGACUCCUCACUCGAAGCCCUGUGUCGAGAUCCAGAGUCCUCUUCACUGGUCAGGAGAGGACAGAGCUGUGACAGGAAGUCCAGCUGCAAAAAGACACGUUCACAUGUCCAGCAACAGGAGCACUUCACCGCAGGGAGCAAUCCUUCAACUUGGCAAUAAUGUAGUUGAGGGCUUGAACCAGUUAAGUGACAGUAAAUCCUCCUCUCCAGCUCACAGCCCUGAGGUUGCCCGCAGGCUAGCAGAGGAGGCAACCAAAGUAUCUUCUAUUUUCACAGAGGCGAGACGGUCCUCACUGCACAAUGCUUUAGGUGAGCCUGCUGGAGAAUUCCACAGUCCAGCUCCAAACGCACAACAGUCUAAGCAAACGCUUAAGAUGAACAUCCCUUUAAACGACCAACUCACGCCAGCAACUGACAACACAGACUCUCACCAGCCUGAAAACUCCGUCAUGCAGUCACAUGAAACAAACUCUAACUAUCAGACACACCGGGAGGACUGCGUUCAGAAGUCCAGCUCAAUUUUAUCAGCAGCUCCGAGUUCCCCCGCCAUUCCUUCACGCGUCCUCCGUCCCUCGCAUCCUCCCACUGAGCUCAGCUCUCCCAUGAGGGACCCCAGACUAUUCCAAGCUGAGCUGCGAGCACCGGAUACCCCCACCCUGCAUCGCCGUCAGCUCCCACAGUAUGCCAGAGAGUCCUGGUCCCCGUGCCUGGACAAGAGAGGAGACCUGAGCUGUUUCGAGAGAGGGGACUGCACUGAGCUCGCUCGCAGGCUCUUCAUCAAUCAGAGCGUUGAGGAGGCUCCAGUCAGUUGGACGUCCAGGCAGCAGUGGGGGAAUCAGGUGGAGAGCAGCCCGAGGCCGAGGCCGAGCCCUGAGCCUGGAUUUGGGUCUAUAAAUGAUCAAACGUCUGAUCGUCAGUCGAGUCGCCAUCACAGGCCGCUCAGUCCCACGGCCCAGCAGAAACGGGCUGAGCAGAGGAGGAGAGAGAUCCUGCUGCUGGGACCGGUGGCGCUGGACUCUGCAGAGGAGGACGAGGGUUGUGAUGAGGAGGGACAGGGCAACGAGAUGGAGAGAUAUGAGGCAGAGCAGCAGAGGGUGGAGGAGCCUGCAGAGGCGGAGCAGAACGGAGCGAUGGGAGGGUCGUCCUCGCGGAGCUCCAGUGGGGUGACGGGCAGCUUGGGGGACAGGGACUGUGUGUCCCCCGAGUCCAGUCAGUCCAGUCACCAGAGCAACGAGACCGGAGCCGCCACCUCAGGAAUACAGACGGACAGUGGCUGUGCAGUCCCCGUGCCCUCGCUCCACUGUCAGAGGAUCGCUCGUGCCAAGUGGGAGUUUUUAUUUGGGACCCCUGCUGAGGAGGCUGCUGGCAGGGGGGAGAAAAAUUCUCUGGAGACCUCCACAGCUCCUCCCAGCGGUAACUCCAGCGAGUCUCCCACCCCGACUCCCCCUUCCUCCCUCCCUCUGCUUUCUGCCAAUCACGAGGUGCAGCACGUGGAGGUCGAGCUGGUGACCCCACCUCCCGCCGUUAUCGGGACGUCACCCAAAACCGGCAUCAUUCGCCGGACGUUAAAGUACUCAGAAACGGACCUGGACGCCGUCCCACUGCGCUGCUACAGAGAGACAGACAUAGACGAGGUCGUUCGGGAGUAA